CUAUUUUUACUGUAUUAAUAUUCAGUGUUUUGCUUCACAGGUAUACUUUGGUAUCUUAUAUUGUAUAAGCGUCUACCUCAACCAAUUAUAAAAGUUACACCUCGCAGCUUGUUUAAUGAUAAAUCAUGAACGUUCAAUCAUUAAACAAGCUCCCUGCCUGCCAUUGACGCGGUGGCUGCUUCACGUGCACUCGGUUUUUCCCCACUCCUCCCAGCAGAAGAAAAAAAGAAGUGCCACAUGACCUGUCAAGUAGGAAGUAGCGAGCUAGCGCGAGCAGCAGCGACCAGAAACGCAAGACGAGGAGGAAGCUGUGAAAUCUCGGAAGUCUCGAUCUCGACGUUUCUCCUCAGAAACAUUUAUUUCUCCCGCCGGACCCGCCACAGCAAUAAGUUUUCCGCAGUCAUGGGCUUGAAGGUGGUGUUUUUCACUGUGGUUCUGGCUCUGAUCGGCGCAUCAGUCGCGACGGACUCGGAUGAUUGUUCCUCGAUGUCGUGUGAUUCAUGUGGAACUUCUAAAGGAUGUCUGUGGGUUAACUGCACAGCAUCAACUGUUGGCUGUCGCAACACAACUCUUCUGCUAGAUAAUGAGAACUGCACCCAAGUGUACUGCUCCGUCCCGGCUACAAAUUUCUCUACAUCUGUUCCCCCUCUCACUCCAACCACCCCUGUUGUCUCCGUCCCGACCUCGGCCGGAACCGCUCUGCCCACAACAGGCAGCACCGUUGUGCCCACUCACAAUAGUAACAUCUCCACCUCUACGGCUCCAUCCGCGACAACCGGCCCCUCUCCUGGCCCUCACAACACCUUCGACGCUGCAAGCUUCAUCGGUGGCAUCGUGCUGAUCCUGGGCCUGCAGGCCGUGAUCUUCUUCAUCUACAAGUUCUGCAAGUCCAAGGAACGCAACUACCACACCCUUUGAAGCAGCCGCACUUUUACUCAGCCAAUCCCCGCCAACUAGAACCUUGCAGAGAAGACUCCCCACUCGGCAUGCACUCACCACGAUGGACUCGAGCAGUGUUUUCAACCAGGUUUUCUACAUCUUUGAUGUCUGUGCCACUUGUGGUUUAGGCCUGCAUUAGCCCUGCUCUUGUAACACACACACACACACACACACACACACACAUAUAGACACACACACUAAGGCAUUUAUGUAUGGUAAUUUAAGCAUGGGGAUUACAUAAUCUGGGAGCUACUCCCACCUCCAUCAUGCUGUUAGUUAUUCUGCGAAAAACGUUUUCCAUCGAAUUGAGGGGGGAGUUUGUGUUAUUUGCAGCCCCUCUCUUCAUGGCCUCCUCAAUUAAAUACACCACAUGAGAGUUAAAGGCUGAGUCAUGUACCCAAAGUAGCUUUCCUGUUGAUGCGUAGGAGUACAGCUGCAAACUUGUAGCAUGUGCAUUUAGUAAGUUCAUAUUUUUUGGUCUUGAAUUGGAAACACUGUUUGAGUUCACGGCUGUUCUUCAACAGACUGAUGAUUCAGUAUUGCUUUUAGCCUGUGGAGUCGUGGGUAGGUGCCCCCGAGCAGCUGCGCCGUGUAUAUGUGUUCAUACAUGACGGAAAAGUGGUGGGGAAUAAAAGCAACCGCUAAUGAUCUGACGUCAGACAAAAACAAAUAGCCAUCCUUCUGGUAAACAGUCUCAUCUGGGGGUCUCCCGUGGCAUUUAGGAGUGCUGGUCGUUUUCUGCUGUUGAUUACCGGGGAAUUCUUUUACCCAAUACUAGCUGUAAAAACAAAUGUCAAAAACAAACUGCCAGUAGAGCAGAUCAAUGCAAUAAAUCCCACAUCAAGUUAGUUUCCCAUCCUUUAAUCGCCCAGUUACUUCUUCUUGACCAACUUUAAAACGUACCCACUCCAACAUGGAGCUGGCCUGUUGCCCACAUUUCUGUGGGGGAAGCCAAAAAAGGCCUGUGGGUCAAAAUGAAAGAUUGUAGAAUAAUUCAGAAAUAUGAACAAUUAAGUGUUAAUGUUUAAUACAGAGAAUGGGGAGAUACAGAUUAUGGCAUGCACCUUCUUGAUGUGGACAGUGAUAGCAGUAAAGUGCCUUUAAUGUCCAGUAUGACUUAAAGAGAGAAAAGGAAGAGGAGUCAUUUUCCUGGUUGAGGCCCAAGUGUUAUCGUUAGUUUGUUUUUAAGGAUGAAGCGGUAUCGCUGUGCUGAUAUUGGGGGAGAACCGUUGUAUCCCAGCUGGACUGAAGAGCCUUUUAUUUUAAAGAAGGGAGUGAAUCGAUGUUAUUUGAGGGUCUUGAUCGAUCGAGAUGGAAGUUUUUCACUGGUGACUUUGUAUCAAUGAAUAUUUAAAAGUGCUCUCCCUUUUUGUAGCACCCAAUACGGCUCCAAAAUAUCCUCCCACCGCACUAUUUAUGUUUUAGAACUCUAUUUCAAAACAUGAACGAUGAGCUUGCGGGACAUUUUGGGUUGCUGUUAGGUGCUUUAAAUCAGGGAAUGUAACUUUAAAGAAAUGGAUAACAUAUUGGGCUUAAUUUAAAAACGAGUAUUGCAGAGUGCAUUGAGGUAAAAAUGUUGGACUGUUUGUUUGUUCAAAUGAGCAUUGCGCCUCUGAUUUCUGACUUUGCCGUGUAAAUGAGGGGAUUGUAAGUGAACAACGAAGCUGUCGUGCUAACGCUCGCGUCACGUUCUCUAACUAGCUUGCUGCUAACUGUGAUUUAUUUCUUUCCAUUUUGUCACUCCUGUACAAAGCCAUGUCCUGUUUUUUUCUUCUUUUUCUUUUUGGUUUCAACAUGAGUAAAAGGCGAAAUGAAGGAGUGUUUUUCAGUAUAAUUUGCUCGUCAGUGUCAAGAAUGUUUUGUUAAUGCCUUCUUUUCAUUAUCGCAUGCUGGGUGCUUGGAGUGGUGACUGUUCCUCUCUUUGCAUAAGGAUUUAGACAAUUAAAACCACUUGAUUAUUUGUGAUUAGCUCAUAUGCUCGUUGAAAGAAUGCCUUGAAACGGCGUGCUUUGAGCCAAUGUCUUCAGUUUUGGCAUGGAAAUUGAGCAUUGCACUGACAAGCUUUGUUUUGUAACUUUGUCUUUGUAAAUGUUUUCAUGGUUCAGCCCCAAAAGAAUCCAAUGCUUGUUUAAAUAGUCUUGAAUAUCUACUAGAUAAUAUAUCAAUAAUCACCUUGUUCUGUAUGGCCACAGGCCAUAAGAAAUGUUUGAGUGUGCAAAUGUUUUCUUCUUCUUCCAUUUAGUUUUGGCUUUCACAAUUUAGGAUUACACGUUUCCUGCUGCUCACCGUUGACACGCCUUUUAACCUAGUCGCCUGGUGGCACUCGGCUACAGCCCAAAGACCCAACUUGGCUUUGGAGAGCUUCUGCCCAAAUUAAGAGAACUAUUUUGAGAUGUAUUCCCAGCUGUUGAGUGGCAUGCUGCCUAACCACUGCUUUCGACACGGUCGCUGCAUUCCCAUAGAACACAGCAUCGCGUGUUGUUGUUGUCACCUCCGGUAUCCAUGCCAACCAAUAUGUCCAUUGUGUUGCCUCUCCACAGCUUCAACUACAAGUCACUAACUCAGACAGUGCACCACUUAAGGAAAAGUGCCUUAUUCAGUUAAUACCCAUCUGUAGUUUGUAGAAGGAUAUGACGCACCUAUUGAAUAAUAAUGUGACUCUGCACUUUCAGACCCCUGUGAAGUGGAUUUCUGUGUUGUAUUCUGCUGAAGUGUCUUGUCACGCUCAGCCUUAACUUCUUGAUCAAACCCAGAAUGUUUGCUGGUGACGAGCUGUCCAGGCGAUCACCAGGCGGCUUUCCAUUGAAAACUUAGUUGAUCGUUUUCGUAAUGGUUGGCCCUUAUUAGCAUUUAAGUGCCUACAUUUCAACCAAUCACACAAUAGAAUUAUAGGCAUUUUAAAUGUUGCUUAAAUGGCGUUAACCAGCGAAUGAGGGGCAUAGUUUCAAACUAGAUGACGCCUGGUCAACCUGUCACCAGCACAUUGUUACAAAAUAAACAACUGCAACACUUCCUCCAUACUGCAAUCAGCCAUGUGAUGACUUGAAGUUCCCUUUUGUUGUAAUCUUUAUUUGUUUUAUUGAAUGACUGGUUUUCUGUCUCGUAGGGAUUUUAUGUGUGCUUGUUCAUGGAGAGCUUUCCUCAGUUGUUCAGCGUUUAGUAUCCAGAUGAACAAGUAAAAAGUUUUUCGAUCGCCUCCUUUUUGCCCCGUGGCUUAUUGCUAUGUGCACACUUUGUAGUGUCUUUUACCUUUUGUGUCGGAGGCCAUCGGUCUUGUAGGUACGCUCUUGUUGCCCCCCCCACCACACUUUGACACACAGACUGUACAUGUAGACACUUGCAGUUGCCAAAAAGCCUCCUGAAAUGUUCUGUGCUCCUUUUUGCUCCCUCAACCCUUUUUAUGUUGUGCCUUGUUUUCAAGUGUUACCUUUAGUUCACGAUGUAAAGCCAAUAAAGUUUGAAUUGUUCAACAAAU